GCCGAGCGGCCGCAGUCUCAGCUCUGGGCAUCUGGGGAGCCCGAGCGGCUUCGCCCAGGGAUUCCCGCGGGCGUCUGUGGUCUGGGUUCCAUCUCCGGUGUGAUAUCGCACCCUUGAAGUUUUGCAGCACCAGGAAAAGAGGACAAGGAAGAAGGAGAGGGGAAGCGAAAGCAUAACCUAAAACAUUUAUUUAAAGGAGAAAAGAAGGGGGGGGGUGCGCAAAAAUGGCUGGGGCAAUUAUAGAAAACAUGAGCACCAAGAAGCUCUGCAUUGUUGGAGGGAUUCUGCUGGUUUUUCAAAUCGUUGCCUUUCUGGUGGGAGGCUUGAUCGCUCCAGCACCGACAACAGCAGUGCCCUACAUGUCAAUAAAAUGUGUGGAUGUCCGUAAGAACCACCAUAAGACAAGAUGGCUAGUGCCUUGGGGACCCAACAAGUGUGAAAAGAUCCGCGACAUUGAGGAAGCAAUUCCAAGGGAAAUUGAAGCCAAUGACAUUGUGUUUUCUGUACACAUUCCCCUCCCUUCUAUGGAGAUGAGCCCAUGGUUCCAGUUUAUGCUGUUUAUCAUGCAGCUAGACAUUGCUUUCAAGUUGAACAACCAAAUCAGAGAAAAUGCAGAAGUUUCCAUGGAUGUUUCCCUGGGUUACCGUGAUGAUAUGUUUUCUGAAUGGACUGAAAUGGCCCAUGAAAGAGUACCACGCAAACUAAAAUGUACUUUCACAUCCCCCAAGACUUUAGAGCAUGAAGGUCGUUAUUACGAAUGUGAUGUCCUUCCUUUCAUGGAAAUUGGGUCAGUGGCUCAUAAAUAUUACCUUCUAAAUAUCCGACUACCAGUGAAUGAAAAGAAGAAAAUCAAUGUCGGGAUUGGGGAAAUAAAGGAUAUUCGGUUGGUGGGAAUCCACCAAAAUGGAGGCUUCACUAAGGUCUGGUUUGCUAUGAAGACCUUCCUCACACCCAGCAUCUUCAUCAUUAUGGUGUGGUAUUGGAGGAGGAUCACCAUGAUGUCCCGACCCCCGGUACUUCUGGAAAAAGUCAUCUUUGCUCUUGGGAUUUCCAUGACAUUCAUCAAUAUCCCUGUAGAAUGGUUUUCCAUUGGGUUUGACUGGACCUGGAUGCUGUUAUUUGGUGACAUCCGGCAGGGCAUCUUCUAUGCAAUGCUUCUUUCCUUCUGGAUUAUCUUCUGUGGUGAACACAUGAUGGAUCAACAUGAGCGGAAUCACAUUGCAGGGUAUUGGAAGCAAGUUGGACCAAUUGCUGUUGGCUCUUUCUGCCUCUUCAUAUUUGACAUGUGUGAGAGAGGAGUGCAACUCACAAAUCCUUUCUACAGUAUCUGGACUACAGAUGUUGGAACAGAACUGGCUAUGGCUUUCAUCAUUGUGGCAGGGAUCUGCCUCUGCCUCUAUUUUCUGUUUCUGUGUUUCAUGGUAUUUCAGGUAUUUCGAAACAUCAGUGGGAAGCAGUCUAGUCUCCCAGCCAUGAGCAAAGUCCGGCGGCUCCACUAUGAGGGUCUGAUUUUCAGGUUCAAGUUCCUCAUGCUUAUCACCUUAGCCUGUGCUGCCAUGACUGUUAUCUUCUUCAUUGUUAGUCAGGUGACAGAAGGACAUUGGAAAUGGGGUGGUGUCACAGUUCAAGUGAACAGUGCUUUCUUCACUGGUAUCUAUGGAAUGUGGAACCUGUAUGUCUUUGCUUUGAUGUUCUUGUAUGCGCCAUCCCAUAAAAACUAUGGGGAAGACCAGUCUAAUGGUGACCUGGGUAUCCACAGUGGAGAAGAACUGCAGCUCACCACCACAAUCACCCAUGUGGAUGGACCAACUGAGAUCUACAAGUUGACCCGUAAAGAAGCACAGGAAUAGGACGCUAUGGUGCUGCACUGGGCUGGAAUUGUUUCUCUAUCCAGCCUCUUCUCUAGAGUGGAGAGCCUACUAUAUAUGCAGAGUUUAGUGAAAAGUGGAUGCCUAGUGCCUCUUAGGUAUGGUUUCUUAGACCAGUGAGUGGACAUUUGUCUGAUAACUUCGGACAGUGACUUUUGCAAAACUUCUGCUAUGAAUAUAUCAUGUGUGAUAACAAAAACUGAUAUGACCCAUUGUUUGUGGUCAUUGUUAAAUUAGUGACAAACAACAUAUGUAGCAGGUGGGUUAGUAACACUCAUAUGGAAGGGUAUAUUCUUUGGGAUGGUUUGGGCCAAUAGGAUCUAUAUUGGGUAGAUUACAACUUAUUUCCUGUUUUUGAUUCUGGGAUGUGUUUAAACAUUGUUUGUAGUCCAACAUUUGCUCAUGUGUUAGCCUUUUCACCCUCCUCCAUGGAUACUUCUUUUUAUCUUAUUUAUAUCACCAAGUAUCCAACUGAGUUAUUAUUUAAGUUGCGGUACAAAUGUUCCAAUUUUUUUUGUUUUGUUUUUGGUGUCUUACUACAAAAUAAUCAAAUAUCAUGAGAAGUUCAUUAUUCUGGAGGGAUUUCAGCUUUGAAACCAAAUCUGUGUAUCUGGUACUAAUAUGUCUGUUUGUUAGAUGUGGAUUUUGAGAAAUAUUUGCUAAACUACCCAAGUAGGAUUUCUGUUAUUAAACAACUUUUGGGUCAUAAAAGCCUUUUUAA